AUGUUUAACCGCUUAUUUGGAAAACCUAAGCAGGAAGCCAAUGCUCUAACUACGUUAGACAAAUUAAACGAGACCCUUGAAAUGUUAGAGAAAAAGGAGAAGGUGCUUCUUAAAAAGGCAGCUGCUGAAGUUGAAAAAGCUAAGGAAUUCACCCGAGGAAAGAACAAAAGGGCUGCAAUCCAAUGUUUGAAGAGGAAGAGGUUGUAUGAGCAGCAAAUAGAACAGCUUGGAAACUUUCAGUUGCGCAUUCAUGAUCAGAUGAUAAUGCUAGAAGGUGCAAAAGCUACUACUGAAACCGUAGAUGCAUUAAGAACUGGUGCAUCUGCUAUGAAGGCAAUGCAGAAAGCAACGAAUAUUGAUGAUGUGGACAAGACGAUGGAUGAGAUCAAUGAGCAGACGGAGAACAUGAAACAGAUUCAAGAAGCAUUAUCAGCCCCCAUUGGUGCUGCAGCUGAUUUCGAUGAAAACAUAGCUCUCCAGAUUGCGCAUAAGUUUUCAUCUGUUGGAGCAUCUAAAAUAGCUGGUCUUUUUCAGGAUGAAUUAGAGGCAGAACUUGAAGAACUGGAAGGAGCUGAAUUGGAAGAACAGCUUCUUCAGCCAGCAACAACAGCUCCAGCAGCUCCAGUGCAGGUCCCAGCAGGCAAGAAACCAGUUCCUCAAAACGCACAGCUGAGGAAGAAGAACUUGCUGACUUACAGGCUGAGAUGGCCCUUUGAGCAGGUUUUACUUUUGUUCUUUAUAAACUAUGAUUUGAUCUUUUCUUUGCAGACAUUAAUGCACUAG